UGAAGUGGACCAAUCAGCUGGCGACAUCACACUCGCCUUCUCGGUGCCUGAUUGGUUAGGCUCUCGUUUGUCCACAGGAAGUGCACGGGUGUGUUUCCUAGGGAGGGCCUACAGAGUCAACGACGAACUUCCCUGCAAGACACCGAGAGUGUUUGAACAAACUCAGAAUGGAGCUGCGGCCGCUUGUGAUGUGCUUCGCUCUCUGCGUGGUUUAUGCCACCAGCAAACCCACAGAGAAGAAGGACCGCGUCCACCAUGAUGACCCUCUGAGCAACAAGGAGCACGAUGAUGCCGAGAACUUUGAUUAUGACCACGAAGCCUUUCUGGGACAAGAAGAGGCAAAGACCUUUGACCAACUCACACCCGAAGAAAGCAAAGAGAGGCUUGGCAUGUUAGUAGAUCGCAUAGAUGAAGAUAAAGAUGGCUUCGUGACAAUUGAGGAGAUGAAGAGGUGGAUUAAGCACGCACAGAAGAGGUGGAUCUACGACGAUGUGGAUCGACAGUGGAAGAGCCACGACCUCAACGGGGAUGGAAUGGUGUCCUGGGAAGAGUACAAGAAUGCUACCUAUGGAUACGUUCUUGAUGAUUCCGAUCCUGAAGAUGGCUUCAGCUACAGGCAGAUGAUGGCUCGUGACGAAAGGAGAUUCAAGAUGGCCGACCUUGACAAGAACCUGAAAGCCAACAAGGAGGAGUUCACAGCUUUCCUUCACCCUGAGGAGUAUGAUCACAUGAAAGACAUUGUGGUGUUGGAAACUAUGGAAGACAUUGAUAAGAAUGGCGAUGGUUUGAUUGACUUGGAUGAAUACAUAGGUGACAUGUACAACCAGGAUGGAGACAACACAGAACCAGAAUGGGUGAAGACCGAACGGGAGCAGUUCACUGAAUUCAGAGACAAAAACAAAGAUGGAAAGAUGGACAAGGAGGAGACCAGAGACUGGAUCCUACCCAGUGACUACGACCAUGCUGAGGCCGAGGCCAAGCAUCUCGUAUAUGAGUCGGACGCAGACAAAGAUGGCCAUCUGACGAAGGAAGAAAUCGUCGACAAGUACGACCUGUUCGUCGGCAGCCAGGCAACCGACUUCGGGGAGGCUCUGACUCGACAUGAUGAGUUCUAACACCCAGCUGCCUCCACAGACUGUGUGCUUAUCUUGUAUUUUCACCACACUGAUGACUCCUUCCACAGUGCACAGAGGAUGGGAUGAGCUCACCUGAUCCUACGCCACGGCCAAUAAUUUAUUUAAUUUCCUGAAUGUGUCUCAUUGUGAACACACUAACAUUCUACAUGUAUGAACUUGGUCAAUACGUUCCUAUUGGACUCUUUACUAUUUGAUUUGCUUUCACACAGUCUGUUGUUUCUGGAGAGACUUGGCAAGGAAUUGAUCUUCUCUUUUUUUUUGUUGGACUUGCAGUUUUUUUUACAACCAGUUUGUGUGUUUUUUUUUUUUUUUUUUCAAAUUAACAGAGUUUACAGUCUGCAGAAGAGUUUAUUUUCGGAGUGCACUUGGCUGUGUAAUUUGGUCCAAACAGAGAACACUAGUUUCUAGUUCAAAUGUCCUUUAGUAUUUCAAGUUAUUAUAAAACAGGUGGUUAUCUGUAAAAUUGGAAUCAGAACUAUAUAUUAAAUUCUAGCAACUGCACAGAACAAUAUGUCUUUAGUGCAAUAGAACAUUUCAGUGACACUUUGCAGUUUUUGCUUUCUGGUCCAUCUUGACACAAACUCUGUUCUACAGAUAGACAAGAACCAUUUGUAAUAGAUGAAGGAGUCGAGCUGAAUUUGAGGCACAGUUGGUUCUGGAUUGGAUCACCUCUGCCGUCUUACCUCAGAACUUAAAGACAACAGGUUGUAUUUGUGGGUGAUCCAGUCUAAAACUAGCCUAACAGACUGUUGGUGACAUCAUCAAAGCUGCUUCCUCUCUUUUAUUUGUAUCAUGAUCAUUUUAAUUGUGUGUGUGUACAUAUGUUACUUGUAUUUUUGAUGACUGAUUUAACUGUAUUUUAUGUUAAACCUUUGUUUGAUUUAGCUGAAUUACCAACUCACUUGUGUGUCAAGCAAAAAUCUUUGAACAGUUUAGGGAAAGAAGUUCUCUUCCCAGAAAGUUUUCCUUUCUCGCAUGUUUGUUAUGCUUGCAUCAUCACUACCAACAUUUAUAACCACUGGUAAUAACUUCUGUGUUUGCAUAAUUUCUGUGAGGUUUGGGUUUUUGUUUUUUACAGGCUCACUGCAGCAACAGGCCAUUGACUUGUGAAUUUACUGUAAAUAAGUCAGUUUCCUGCAAACCGAGCACUCUAACAAUCAGGUCAAGUUUUUUCGACUGAGAACAAAGUCUAAAUAAAACUAUAAAACUUUGA